AUGGAACCAUCUCCUUCUCUUUCCACAAUUUUCCAUGAUCUUUUUGAUCUAAUAAAGAAAUUUCUGGCUUCCGAUACAGUGCCUGAUUUCUUUUUCACAAUUUUUCAUAGGCUUUUAGAAGUAAUAAAGAAAGUUAUGGCUUCUGACACAGUGUCUGAUUUCACCCAUACACUUUCAGAGCUAAUAAAGAAAUUUAUGGCUUCUGAUGCAGUCUCCGAUUUCAUCCAUAAGCUUUCAGAUAUAAUACAGAAAGUUAUGGCUUCUGAUGCAGUGUUAUAUUUGUUCAACUGGUUUAAGAAAGAAAACGUUACUACACUUGUUGCAGUGGUAGUGAUAGGUCUCCUGAUUUAUAUUUGCUGCAAAUGGCUUCCUAUGAGGAAGAUUGCAGGCAAAACAAUGAAAGCACCAGGGCAGAGUUUUCGCAUACUAAGGAAAGCGUUUGAAGCAAAUCCUUCUGCCUAUUUCAAGAACUUGCGCGGCAAAUGCUUUGGGGGCUUAGUAGGAUACUAUGCUGUAUGGGCUGUUGGCUGUAGGAUGGGUUUCAAUAUUGAAGCUGGUCUUCACGAUCAACAGUUUCCAUUUCAUGACUUCACAUUCCAAGAAUUUUAA